AACAGACGUCACGUCCGGUCAAAGACGCACACAGCCGGUUCAGGCCAGUCGACUAGGCGCAAAAGUAGAGUCUCGCCGAGCCCAGCCGUCAACACAGCACCGCCUCUCUACUCGCGUUGUCGGGUCCACACCACAUUUUUCUGCCACAGAGUCGCAUCUUCUGUUCAGCGACGUUGCCCCCAAGAUAACAGCUGCUAUUGCCUCACGAUGACUCGAAGGUGAUCUUCAGCGUGUCCCGGCGGUUCUGGGGUUCCAGGUUGGUGUUGGAAGAGCAAGCUAACUGCAGGACCUGGGGCAGUUUGUCCUGGGUUCUCAAGGUCAAAGCAGGAAGUGACAAAGGAGGGUGCUUUGCAUUCAGCUUUGAAUCAUGGAGAAGGAAGACCUAAAAGUCCUCAACAAGGGGGAAGAUGAAGAGAUGGAGUUGCAGGGCUACCGUUUGUGCCACUGGCGACUGGUACUGGUGGGUCUUGGGGUACUCUGUACAGGGGGCUUCCUACUUCUGCUGCUCUACUGGAUGCCAGAGUGGUGCGUCAAGGCCACCUGCAUCCCUACCACAGCCUGUGAUGCCGAAGUGGUGUUGCUGCGUUCCACGGAUGAAUUCCGGCGCUGGUUCCUGGCUAAAGUUCGAGUGAUUCUCGCCCCAGGAAGCAACCCCUUCUACAACCUGGAGACCCAGACCACCUCCCCUUCCUCCCCUUCCUGUCCCUUCUCUUCUUCCUCCCCAUGUAUGGCCAAUGGAGACACAUGCCAAUCUUCUGAUGGGAUCACCGCUCGGGAGCUCAUCAGAAGAUAUGUGGAAUACCAGCCCACAAAGAUGCGUUAUUUUACACUCCACAGCACAAAAUAUUACUGGAAUGACAGAGCGCAGAACUUUGAAGUUUUAAUUGGCCUGGAAGAUCUCAAUGUUACUGCUGCCACUCUCCACUCAGAGCACAGCAAAGGCCUAACCAGGAACCAGCAAGACUACAGGAGACUGUUUUUUGGAUUGAAUGAAAUUGAAGUGAAAGUGCCUUCUGUAUUCAAGCUGCUUAUCAAAGAGGUCCUAAAUCCUUUCUAUAUCUUCCAACUCUUCAGUGUGAUACUGUGGAGUGCAGAUGAAUAUUACUAUUACGCCAUUGCCAUUGUUAUCAUGUCAUUUAUAUCCAUAGCUACCUCUCUCUAUACCAUCAAAAAGCAAUAUGUCAUGCUUCACGAUAUGGUGGCAGCUCACAGUAUUGUACGUGUAUCUGUAUGCCGAGCCGAGAAUGAUAUUGAAGAGGUUAUGUCUACUGAUUUGGUGCCUGGGGAUGUGAUAGUCAUCCCCAGCAAUGGGACCAUUAUGCCCUGCGAUGCCGUGCUGGUCAGCGGCACCUGCAUUGUCAAUGAAAGCAUGCUGACAGGUGAAAGUGUUCCAGUGACAAAGACCAACCUUCCAAACCAGUUGCCAGGGGAAAGUGGCGAUGAGUCAAUGAGUGCCUAUAGCAUUGAGGAUCAUAAGAGACACACACUUUUCUGUGGCACAAACGUUAUCCAGACACGGUUUUACACUGGUGAACUGGUCAAAGCUGUAGUCGUCCGCACAGGCUUCAGCACAGCCAAAGGCCAGUUGGUACGCUCCAUUCUGUACCCCAAACCCACAGACUUCAAGUUGUACCGUGAUGCCUACCUUUUUCUGUUGUGUCUGGUGGGUGUGGCUGGGAUUGGCUUUUUCUACUCCAUCACCCUUAGCAUCAUGAACAAGGUGUCACCUCAGACCAUCAUCAUUGAGUCCCUAGACAUCAUUACCAUCACAGUUCCCCCAGCGCUGCCCGCAGCCAUGACGGCUGGUAUUGUGUAUGCCCAACGACGCCUUAAAAAUAUCGGCAUUUUUUGCAUCAGCCCACAAAGGAUUAAUAUUUGUGGGCAGAUCAAUCUGGUCUGCUUUGACAAGACAGGAACUCUGACUGAAGAUGGUUUAGAUCUAUGGGGAGUCCAAAGAGUAGAGAAUGGCAGUUUCCAGCAAUCAGAUGAAAAAGUCUCCAAAGAAAAUCUAGUGAAGUCCCAGUUUGUUGCUUGUAUGGCUUCGUGUCAUUCUCUCACCAAAAUAGAGGGCCGGUUGUCUGGAGACCCACUGGACCUCAAAAUGUUUGAGGCUACUGGUUGGGUUCUGGAGGAAGCCACUGAGGAGGAAACAGCGCUCCACAAUCGUAUCAUGCCAACUGUGGUUAGACCCACAAAACAGUUGUUGCCCUCACAGCCCUCAUCAACAGAGCAUGACAUGGAACUUUAUGACCUGUCUUCUCAAUAUGAGAUAGGUAUCGUGCGGCAGUUUCCAUUUUCCUCUGCACUGCAAAGGAUGAGUGUGGUUGCUCGUCUAUUAGGAGAGAAACGUAUGGAUGCCUACAUGAAAGGGGCACCAGAAGUGGUGGCACGCCAUUGCAAAACAGAGACAGUGCCAGAUAAUUUUGCUGAGGUCUUGGAGGGCUACACCAAGCAAGGCUUCCGAGUAAUUGCUUUGGCUCACCGUCGUCUUGAAUCCAAACUCACGUGGCACAAGGUCCAGAAUAUAAACCGAGAUCACAUCGAGACAAACAUGGAGUUCCUGGGUUUAAUAGUCAUGCAGAAUAAGUUGAAAGCAGAAACGCCGGUAGUACUGCAGGAUCUUCACAGAGCCAACAUCCGUACUGUCAUGGUUACGGGAGAUAACAUGCUGACUGCCAUCUCUGUGGCUCGGGAUUGUGGAAUGAUCCUGCCACAGGACACAGUCAUCAUUUCAGAUGCCAUUGCCCCACAUGAUGGACAGACUGCCAGAAUCACCUGGAGGUGUGCUGACAAACCGAGUAUGGCAGCACAUCUGGAGGAAGUGAAUAUCAGCCUGGAGGAUGUAUGUCCUACAGAUGAGCCCAAACAGCAAGAACGGUACCAUUUUGCUAUGAGCGGAAAGUCAUUUGCGGUCAUCUCGGAGCAUUUCCCAGACAUGCUUCCUAAGUUGGUGCUGCAUGGAACAGUGUUUGCCAGAAUGGCUCCGAAUCAGAAAACCCAACUCAUUGAGGCACUACAGAAUGUGGACUACUUUGUUGGGAUGUGCGGGGAUGGAGCGAACGACUGCGGGGCUUUAAAGAGGGCUCAUAGUGGCAUCUCUUUGUCAGAGCUUGAGGCAUCCGUAGCUUCUCCAUUCACCUCCAGAACACCAAAUAUCUCUUGUGUCCCAAGCCUCAUCAGGGAAGGCCGCGCUGCUCUAAUCACCUCCUUUUGCGUGUUCAAGUUCAUGGCCCUUUACAGCAUCAUCCAGUACAUUAGUGUCACGCUCCUAUACUCUAUUCUCAGUAACCUGGGAGAUUUCCAAUUCCUUUUCAUCGACAUUGCCAUCAUCCUUGUCGUUGUAUUCACCAUGAGUCUAAACCCGUCAUGGAAAGAACUAGUUGCACAUCCUCCUCCAUCAGGCCUGAUCUCGGGGCCUCUGCUUUUGUCUGUGCUGAGCCAGAUCCUCAUCUGCUUUGGCUUCCAGCUGUUUGCAUUGUUUUGGGUCCAACUCCAGCCCUGGUACACCAUCUGGACACCACUUUCAGAUGCCUGCAACGUAUCGUCACUCUCAAAUGUGUCCAACCUCACCGAAACUGAAGUUGAUGACCACAACAUUCAAAAUUAUGAAAACACCAGCCUUUUCUAUGUUUCCUGCUUCCAGUACCUUCUGGUUGCCAUUGUCUUCUCAAAGGGCAAACCUUUUAGGCAGCCAAGCUACAAGAAUUGGCCGUUUGUCUUGACUGCUUUGAUUUUGUAUAUUUUCCUCCUCACCAACAUGUUCUACCCUGCUGAAGCCAUUGAUGAAGUUCUAGAGAUUGUUUGCGUUCCUCUUGAUUGGAGACUAAAACUUCUGCUUAUUAUCGGCGUCAAUGCUGCCGUGUCUGUUGUGGUUGAGACCUUCAUCAUUGACACCGUCUUAUGGAAGUUUGUGUUCAGCAGAGACAAGCAGAGCAUCACUUCUGCUGCCCCACCACCACAGAAAGGCAUUGAGCUGUCGGCACACAAGUCUCUGUGCUGCCCGAGCAAGGUGACCCACAAGGCUCGCUACAUGCAUCUGGCCCAGGAGCUCAGCGUGGAUCCCGACUGGCCCCCAAAACCAACCACGACUACUGAAGCCAAGGCCUGCCCUGAAAAUGGUUCAAUUUCCUAGCACCCCAAAGACCCCUACCAUUCCCAACACUUUGAUGCAAUAAUUAUCAAAGCAAAGAAUAUAUUUGCACAUUAACUUAUUGAAGCAGUCGCUUGAUCUCUGCUUGUCACUGGUCUUGAUGAUUGUGUAAUACUGUAGCUCCCCCCAAAAAGUCAACCACUCAAACUCAUUUGAAUAAUGAUGUCUGGUUCACCCACUUGUGGGUUUAAUGAAGUUAAAUGUAAGAAUUUUACAUUUUGAUAUGGAACUGAAGCUCUGUCCAGGUAAUAUGUUGGGAUUGACAUGCAUACAUAUUGGAAACCAUCGAGAUGCAACUUGAACAAAUAUAUUUUGCGUGCUGAGUAAUUUUUUCAUGACAAAAAGUAAUUAUUAGACUACUGGAGAGCCUUUUUUUUCUAAUCCAUAACCUACUCAGAGUGAAACAGUAACUAUAUAGAAACAAGUGAAUGGAGCUUUCGGUUAAUCAUGUUAGGUUGCUCAGUUGUAUCGUAGUUCUGUCACUCCAUCUUACUUUUAAGGGCAUUUAUUUAUGAAGUGGAUUGGAUGACUGGCUGGAGGUGUUUUGCUGCAUGCCCCACUUGCUACCGUGUAGUGGUCAUUAACAACCAUGUGAAGAUGUUAAAUUUGAGCUCCGUAAUUAGCUAGGUACUGAUUCAUAAAUGACAAUUUAAAAAAAGAUCAUAAUCCCCAAGUGCUAAUUUAAUCACUUUUAGGAUACUUGAUAUAUGUAAUGACACACGCACUUGAAGGCUAUUCUGUCAAAUGCAUCGUGAGUCAUAAGACUGGAUUCUUCUCAACUGCUGCAGUAAACUUUAUGGCGAUAAAUAUGGAAAAUAUUUGGCAUAUUUUAAUUGUGGAAACCCCUUCAAAUCAUAAACCUGAUUAAGAUGUGUUCUUGUUGAACAUACAGGGUGGCCACAGUUGAUAUAGACUUCCUUUUGUCUCUGGACAGACCUGAGACGAUCAUCCUUUGACAUAUUAAGUUUUGCAAUUUUUUGUAAGUGUAUUGUAUCACUCCCUUUUCUCAUGCCCCUCCAAUUGACAUUGCAGCAGCACUGCGAAAUUGCCACCAGGCAAGUUUGUAAUUGGCUGCAGUUCAAGCGAGUGUAGCCAUUUCUGGAUACUGUUCCUGGCUUGCGUCCACGCCAGCUUUAGGAGUUUGGUGUUUUCAUCAAUGAUAAUAGACCUUAUGCUGUAUGGUUUGUCAAGAACCAAUACUGGCAUUGAUAAGUUAAAUCAUAUAAUACACGUUGGAGCAGUGCGAUGACCAUUCAACUUGACAAACUGGUGCAGAACAGCAGUCGGGGACAGAAAAACUCAUUGCCAGGUGUCCAUUUUGCAACUUUACGCCAGUGUCAAUUGGCGAGCCGUGGGGAAAAGGAGCGAUAGUCCAAGAAAAAUUGUCAAGCCCAAGAUGUAAAUGCUGAUUGCAUCUGUUUGAACUACACCGUAAGCGGAAUGCAAAAUAAGUAAGUGUAUACCUGUAGUUAGUUUUCGGACUUGUGUUCUUGUUACUAAUCUAGCGCUCCAUAUACAUCGUAGUUACUGAUAAGUCAGUGGCAGGGACUUUAAAAGCUUGCGAAAUAUUGAUUAAAUCACAUGAAAUACCCACUAUACUGAUGAACACUAAUGACUUUCUGGACAGAGAGAGACUGAUAGACAGUCUCUUCUUGAAACCAGCCAGCAAUUGUUUUCCACCUGAAAAAGACUGAUUUUGAUGCCAUGGCACCAACAACCUGCCUCUGAGACUGACAUGGUAUUACUAAUUUUUCAACAUGGCUUUUGCUUUGCUGCUCUUAGAAGUGUGAUCACUCAAGAUGUCUAAAUCUCAAAAUAGACUUCUCUCAUGGCAAAAUGAUUCGGUCAUUCAGACACUGAUCAUGCAAAGACAUACACGGUGCAUGUUUUUCGGAUGUCGAAAUGUCGUUGAGCUAUUACUGCAAAUGAUGUUAAAAUGGCACCAUUGUGAAUGUCGCCCCGAAACAUCAAACAUACCGAGAUAUACCACCCCCCCCCCUUUUUUUUUUACUUUACAGAAAAAGAAAACGAUUCUGUGCUCAAUUCUGCUAUAAAUCUCUUCCCAUGGAAGAAUGAUUAAAGGUGCACUGGUAAUGCAUUCUGCAUCUCAUCAGCUCGCUGCUUUGCCAUGUUGGAAAGCAACCCUAGUGCAACACUGAACUCGUUUUGUCAUUUUAAAUCCACACAGAUUGUUGUUGCUGUAUAUAAGGGCUAUGUAAUAAUUUCAGUGCUCUUAAAUUUUUUAAUCAAGGCUCCUCCCAAGAACAUUUUGCUAGUAUCUGUUAAUAAAUGUACCAUUUGGGGACAGUACCUGUUUUUAGCUGGUUAGCUGCUAACAGUGUGGUAGAAUCAGAUGGUAAUGUGACUAUGUCAUUGUAUAGCAAGGGAAAUAUUUGCACUGCAUCGAUUUCAAGCAGUUAAGUCUGACGAGUACAAUACUUUUUCAAGCAACAUAUACAGGUGUCAAACUGCAUUCCUCGCAGGCUACUAUCCUGCAUGUUUUAAAUGUUCCCCCCUCCAACACAUCGGAUUCAAAUGAUCAGCUCAUCAGGAUCUGCUGGAGCCUGAUCAUUUGAAUCAGGUGUCUUGGAGGAGGAAAAUCUCUAAAACAGUGGUUCUUAAUCUUGUUAGAGGUUAAGAACCCAACCAGUUCAUAUGCACAUUCACCGAACCCUUCAUUAGUGAAAAAUAAAAAUUUGCUUUUUUUACCAACAUUUAUUAAAAACUGAAAAAAGUAAACACAAUUAGUAGAAGUAUGAAGUACACGUUUUUUUAAAAUUGUGCACAAAAUGAACCAGCCAGUGAUGACCAAGUGGGCGUGUCAUAACUACUGGUAAUUGACAUGUUGAGUCCAGUGGUCUUAACCACUGUCGAACCCCUGAGACUGAUUCACCGAACCCAUGUUAAGAACCACUGCUCUAAAACAUGCAGGAUAGUGGCCCUUGAGGACCAGAGUUCGCCACCUAUCGUCUAAAACAAGGACCCAAAGCUUGUCGGCUGCAAUAUCUGAAGAAGUUAAUUCUGAGGUUCUCAGAACUCAGCAUUUGUGUUUAUUUUGUUUCAGUGGCCGGCCCAAUACAGUAUAUUCUCUUGGUCUCUGCAUCCAAACAGUCAAUAUUAUAAUGUUCAUAUUUUGUUACCAAACAAGUUAAUUUACUCAAUUUUUUCCCAGUACGAGCAGCAUCACUAAAUUUUUUCAAUGGCAUUAAAAGUGCUGACGUUGCUCUUAAGCCAUUUUUAAUGUGUCAGUAUGCAUUCACUUAAAUUAACCUGUGACCAGUUCUGUUUUUAGAAGUAGUUAUGUAUGCAAUUUCACAAUGGUUGGGAUUUUGCCUGCUUGCAGAAUGAUUCAAAAACUCAGCCAAAAUUUUGGGAUCGGGACCUAACAUGCCCAAGCUUUUUAAAAUGUGCUAAACGCAUGGACCACCUAAGGCACACAUGUAUUAUGAAGACAGCAACAUGCUACGGAUGCAAAGCUGUUACUGUUUUCAGACAUUUAGCCUGAUUGGUUAUUUGAGAAAUAAGCUGGAUAGUCAUUGUGUACACAGAAAUUCCUUUUGAAUUUAAUGAGAGUUGAAAAUAUGAAAAGUUGGAUCCUAUUUCGAGAUGUACAUUUUCUGUGUGCACAAAAAUCUGAAUAUAUGGUUAUAAAAAUAAAUAGGUUUUUGGAUUAUUAAGGGCUAGUGUCGUGGUACUUUUUAUUUUUUUUUUACAAUCAGAUGUUUGAUUAAUGUAUACAUUGUUUUGUAUUUAUUUUUAUGUUCACUUUCAUAUCAAGUUGGAUUCAUUUGUACUUUAUCUCACUUGGGAAUGAAUCAUGGGCAUUUUCUUUCGGUGUUGGGUUUACUUAUUUGAAAAGUGGAACGAGGUUGCUGCUAUUACUUGGAUCAUUAUUAAUCUGGUUUGGAUCUAUGAUGUAUAUGAUAAAUUUCUACUGUAGAAGUGAGGGUGAAAGUGGGGAUCUGAUGAAUGCUGAUCUGAAUUAAUUGACUCACUUGCCACUGCUUUGUAACAAUUGGUUGACUGCACCUUUAUAAUGAACAUUCAAAUUCCGACAAAAAUGUCAUUGUAAUACAUUGCUUAAGUGUAAAUAUUAAUAAUUCAACUACGCUACAAAUUUGCCAAUUUUGUGUGACUGCUAUAUUGAAUCCCUGGAUUGAUGUAGAAAUGUUGCUUUAACACAGGUACAAUGAUAUGCUGACAGGUAGGAUUAGCUUCCUAUUACAGUAUCAUGGUUUAAUGACAAACUGUUGAUUGGCAUUUGAGUCAGCUACUGAGUGUCUAGGCUCAAAUGGGCUAUUCCUCAGGGGUAUAUGUGUAUAUUGAGCAUAUAAAAUGAUCAAAGUUGAUACCCAAAUGCAAAGAGGUGUCGCUAUUACCAACCAACUAUCAGUACAACUACCGUAAUUGGAUCUGCUUUUAUUGGCAGCUUCUGCACAUCCGUGACCGACUCGGAAAAAGGUGUACAUUGUGUUGAAAUGUUUCUACCUAAUAAUUUAUUGUAUAUUUAUGUUUUCCCCUGGUAAUUGUAUUUUAGCCUUAUUUUGUUUCAAUAAAUAUUUUUAAACAAUUA